CUUAUAUUUUCUCUAUAAAACAAACCACCAAAACCCACAACGGUUCCAGGGGUGGGGAAAUACAGCGCAUUCCUAAUAAAACAGGAAACGCAAUACUAGAGCAGCAGCGACAUCUAUCUGCUUCUUAUCUGUGCUUUAGUGGUCCACAAUCUUUUUCUUCUUUGCCUACCUUCAAUCUACCCUCGGCCAAAUUAUUGGCACUCAGUUUGUUAUAAGAAAUCUGGAAAGUGAAGGAUAUCCUCCAUCAAUGGAGCGAGAGGGCAAAAAGGGUGGAAGAUUUGAAACGCAAAAGCAGAAUGGUAGAAUUGAGUCAGCCUUGGCGGAGUGCGUUAAAGAGACUGAUAGCUGGAAGGAACAAGUAUGUUACAAAUUCAAUUUCAAUGCGGAAAUUAAAAUAGUCGUAAACCUGGUUGAGGCCGUUCUCCAGCCUUCUCUAAGUGCAGCUGAAGCAAGAGUUACAUUGAUGAUGCAGCACUUUGUGGAAUCUAUUGAGUCACAACUCUUGUCAGCUCUUAAACAGGCAUCGAUGGAUAUUAUUGAGCAUUUAGGGAAAGAGGCUGCAAUGAGAGUGAUGGUUGCUGAAAGAAAGGCUGUACAUUUUGAAAAGGAGUUGGUCAAUACUAAGCAAGAGGCAUUAAAUAUGCUUGUACAAUUGAAGCGAAACAUGGAUGCUCAGAUUAUUGAAGCAGAAAGAGCUUGUCGGAUUGAGAGGAGUCGAGCACAAGAAAUGGAGGCAAAACUAAUAGCAACACAAGAUACAGUUAAGAAGCUGAUGAAUGAGUUGAAAGAAAAGGGAGAAGUAUUAGAGCAGAUGCAAAAAAUGGCACAGCCAUUGGAUGAACACGUUGUUGUUCCUAUGCAUUUUCCGACAGAAUAUUCAACAAUGCAAUGGACAUCUUCAGCAAGGCAGUUUCCCAAGCAGAACACUACUGGUAAAGAUUAUCUGUCAUCUGUAAUCAUGAAGAGCAAAGCAAACACAGUAUCUGCAAAUGGACUUCACCAUGGAAUAUAUGGAGACGCUAUAAAUGAACAAAAUGGAGAUGCAUUGCCUGUGUUAGAAAUAAAUGAGAAUAAAGAGUGCCUUUCCACUGAGAAUGUUUUUUCAUCAUGCUCAAUUGAGAAGGGGCAUGUUGGAGGUGAUGCAGGUCAUCAAGGUCAAACUGUUAUGCCUGAUGUAAGUUCUUUUCAAAAAGAAGAGGCUCAGUGUUUUCUUCACCAAAGUACAUUGGUUGUAACUUGUACUGGGCAAUGUGGCUCAUGUGAUGGUGGUUUAGUCCACAGAGAGGGACAACCAUCUCCAUGUUCAGAGUCUGAUGCUUCUCUAGGUACUGAAGACAAGCCAGUGGCAACCAAGAAUAGUAUUGUGAAAGUGAGAAAUGAAGAGAAACAGCAAGAUUUGGCUUCCUUUCCUGAAAUAUCAAAUGCAUCAUUUUGUCCCCAAGCCAGAGAAACAAAGACUUGGGGAUCUGAAUCUUCUAAGGUUUCUGCUGGAGACAAGAUAUCCACAUAUUCUGGAAUGGAGAACCCAGGCAUGACAUUUGAAGAUGAUUGUAGAACAUCUACCAAGUUUGUCAAUGAUGUAAUAAGUGUAAUGUCUACAUUGUGUAGUUCCCACGAUGAUUCAUCUCUUGAAAAUGGAGGCAUAACAUUAGAGACUGCAGAUAAUCAGGUUUCAGGUGAAGGUGGAGUUCUAAUAGAGGCUGUUCACAGUAAUGAGAAAACUCGACUAUCAGCACACUUAGAUAUUGAUAGACAAGAAUGUGAUAAAGCAAUUGUAAUUGGAAUGCCUUCUGCAGCAGAAGAUUCAAAAUGCAGUCCUAGUUCGAUGAAAUAUAUCGAAGUAGGCCAGAGUUCAGAGAUCAAAAUAAGCACAAACAUUCCUGACCAAUGUGUCCAUAUCAGACCUACUAGAUUUACAUUCCAAAGGAAGCGUAGAAGGGAGAGUCCAUUUCAGCAAAAUGGAAAAUUGCUUCAGGAAGAAAACAAUCUCUGGAGGGAAACUAAACAACAUGAAUAUAUCCCUACUCUUUCUGGUAAGUUGCCUCAGAGACACAGAACUACUAAUCUGAUGUCACAAAAACCUAGCUCCGUGGCUGAGUCUUCUCGAGACAGCAGGCGAUUAAUGCAGGUUGCUCGACAGCUCAUCUCACUGUCUGAGAAGAAAACGUGGUGAUGACAUGAUUAUUAAAUGCCUCGAAGAAUGUUAAAAGUACUUGGUAAACGCUAAAAGGAAUCAGAACAUUUUAUUAACCACUACAAGUUUUCUGCUAAUUUUGGAGUUUGUUCUGUAGACUGUAACUAUGGCAUAUUGCAUCUUAUCCAUUUCAAUGGCCAGCUGAGCAGAGUUGCACAUACAAGGGGCUUGAUUAAUCCAGCCAAUCACUUUUUCAUUUUGAAGAGUACACACAUUUUGGGAUGAAAUCCUUGACGCAGUGUGGACUAAAAGAUUUUUUUUGUCUAUGUUAAAAAAGGUCUUGUUGGUUGGUUUUGGAUAAUAAUUUGUCUCCGGGCAAUUCUGAUGUAUCAUUAGUAAUUGUAAAACAGUGUUAAUCUAGUUCAUAUCAACGAUAAUAUUUUAUAACAGAAAAGAUUGUUUA